CUUCAGGCCAUCUAUAUGAACGUUUUUUAAGAAUUAUGAUGCUUUCUGUCCUACGUCAUACAAAAACACCAGUUAAAUUUUGGUUUCUGAAAAACUAUCUCUCCCCAACGUUUAAGGACGUUAUUCCUCACAUGGCUAAAAAGUAUGGUUUCAAGUAUGAGUUAGUACAGUAUAAGUGGCCUCGCUGGCUUUAUCAGCAGACAGAAAAACAAAGAAUUAUCUGGGGCUACAAAAUUCUUUUUUUGGAUGUUCUUUUCCCUUUGGCUGUGGAUAAAAUAAUAUUUGUUGAUGCUGACCAGAUUGUGAGAAGUGACCUAAAAGAACUCCGAGAUCUAGAUCUAAAUGGAGCUCCCUAUGGAUACACACCUUUCUGUGACAGCCGUAAAGAAAUGGAUGGGUACCGUUUCUGGAAGUCAGGAUACUGGGCAUCACAUCUUGGGAAAAGGAAAUACCAUAUUAGUGCCUUAUAUGUUGUGGAUCUUAAGAAGUUCAGAAAGAUUGCAGCUGGAGAUAGGCUUCGGGGCCAGUACCAGGCUCUUAGUCAAGAUCCAAACAGUCUAUCAAAUCUAGAUCAGGAUCUGCCCAAUAACAUGAUUCAUCAAGUAGCUAUUAAGUCUCUCCCUCAGGAAUGGCUUUGGUGUGAAACCUGGUGUGAUGAUGAAUCCAAGAAAAAGGCUAAAACAAUAGACUUG